UUAGUUAGUUUUCAUCCAGCUGUGACGCGUAAUUGUAUAGAACAUAAACGAAACGGGUGAGCGCACGUCGCUUAAAAAUUGUUUUUCGUGUUUUUUUUUUGGUGGUUUAAUAAACACAAUUUCUAUAUGAAAGUGAGAUUUAAAUAAGUAAAAGUUCUUCUGCGCACGAAAGCACAUAUUUACAUACUUUUGUAUUUGUGUAUAUAUGUAUGUAAAUACUGAAGAAUGAUUUGGCGAAAAAUUAAAUGAAAUUCUUAAUAUAGUUGAGAUGAAAUAAUUUCGAAUGUGCGAAAGUAAUAACCGCGAAACCGGAUGGACGACAUGUUGAAUUCGCUGGAAAUAGACCGAUUUACAAAAACGAAAAUAAAACAGAACUAAUCUGAAUGUAAAGCGCUGAAAGUAGCAAAACAAAACGCAAAACGUAAAAACAAAAAACUAAGAAAUAAAAACAAAGUCAGUGUCAGAUAGUGCAUCUAUUGGUUGAUAAUGACCGAGCGAUAAGACUAGCAACAUAGUGAGUGAGACGUUGCCCUAAUUAUUGGAAUAUAUGUUAAUAUACUCUUUUUUACGGUUCAACGACUCCACUUCGCCUGAGGUGUGCAAUUAAUAUCACACACACACACACGCACAAUUGCAUGCGACAAAUUCGCUUGACAACACUUACAAACACGCGUAUGCACAUACCUCUGUGCACCUCAAUAAUUAUUUUUUACAUGCAAACUGAUUGCUUUUAAUUGCUAAGAACAAACAUCAAAAACUCAGUUAAAUGUGUUCCAGAUAUAUUAAAAUGGAAAAAAGCGAUCACUACCCGAUGCUGCUACUGAUUGGGAGCCUAUUUGCAUUGCUGGGCAUCACGAAAGCUCAAAUGGAGGUAGGUGAUCCAUGUCAGAUAAAAGGUAAUAAGGGUGUCUGCACUGAGUCAAGCAAAUGUCUGGAUCUGCCUUUGCUUAUGAACCAACUGGGCUUGAAAACACGCGAUGUAAGCCGCUGCGGCUUCACUCCAUACGAGGAAAUUAUUUGUUGUCCAAAUGCGCCGAACACACCUUCUACAACUAUCAGAACACGCUCAGAUGAACGCCCAGCCGUAAAAGCCUGCGCUGAAAUUGACGCUGAGCUGCAGCCUCUGCUCACACCGCACAUUCUGGGCGGCACACCCGUUGAACUCGGUGAAUACCCGCACAUGGUGGCGAUCGGGCUGAGCACUACGGACGAUGAUGUCGAAUACAAUUGCGGUGGUACUUUGAUUGCGAAACGCUUCGUUUUGACGGCGGCCCAUUGUCUGGUGACGCGUCAGAAACCGGUAACGGCGCGUAUGGGUGUGGUGAAUUUCACCGACACCGAACAAAUGCGAGACGUUGUCGAGAUCCCAAUCAAGAAAAUUCACAUACACCCGGAAUACUCCAGCGCUAGUGUUUACAAUGAUGUUGGAUUGCUUGAAUUGGCAUCGGAUGUUGUUUAUACCACCAAUGUUUAUCCGACGUGUCUUUACACUGAACCCGAAGAUCCACCAGCCAGCUCUGUGCUCUAUGUCUCUGGCUGGGGUGUGAUAAAUAAGAGAACGCGUGAGAAGUCCAAUGUUUUGCUUAAGGCUCGACAGACCAUCGUCGAAAACAACAGAUGCAAUGAAAGUUUCGUAGACAACGGCUUGACGCGUAGAAUCAGUGUUGGUAUUAUCGACAGUCAGAUGUGUGCCCACGAUCCUGGCCUAACAAAGGAUGCAUGUCAAGGCGAUUCGGGUGGCCCACUGAUUUUGGUGGUGGACGAAGCGUUGAGCAAAUUUCGUGUGGUUGGUGUGAUUUCGGCUGGUUUCAGUUGUGGCAGCUCAACUCCUGGUCUUUAUACGCGUGUGAGCGCGUUUCUGGACUACAUCGAGAGCGUCGUUUGGCCAAGUGGAUAAAUUUAUUGCCGUUUUAUUUUGUUGACAUUUUUUUGUAAAAAAAAAAAUCGGAAAAUAUUGUAAAUGAUAAAGUCUCGAAUUGCCACUAAUUUUCAACGCCAAUUUCGUACAUAAAGAACUGAAUUGUUAAUUAACAUAAUAACCAUAAUUUAAUUAUGUUUAAAAAAAUUUGAAUGCAAAUAAAAAUACGAGUUUUAAGUAGAAAAUCUAUAA